CAAACCUCAUCGUUGAUGGUUUCUUUGGGUGUUCUUUUUCAGAGUCUAUCUUGUACUUUCUAAGAUGGGACUCUGUUUUGCAAAAGCAUAAAGAGAACCUAGUUUCGCUAGCAAUGGCAAAGUAACAGCAAGACAACUUGGUAUUCUCGGAGUCGAAGAAAGUAGUGUGACCUCUUCAAAAAAAAGAAAAGAAAGUGGUAUGACAGGACUUUGGUCUGGUCUUCCUGCAGAGCUUCUAUCAUUAAUUGUGGAUCGAUUAGGCCUAAUUGAGCUUCUGAGUUUUCAUGGUGUAUGUAAGGCUUGGAGAGCUGCUGCAUCCACAGCUUUAUCUAAGAUUGAAGCCUCAGCCAAUCGUAAACCCUGGUUUCUAAUCUAUGGUGAAAAUUCACAAUGCCAUUUGUAUGAUGAAUCUGGAAGAAGGUACACUACUAGCAUCCCAGAAUUGGAUGGAGCAACUUGCAUUGCAUCACACCAAGGAUGGAUUCUUGUAUUUCAAGGAGGCCCAAUGUUCUUCUACUGCCCAUUCUCUCAUGCAAAAAUAGAUAUUCCUACGUUUCCCCUUUCGGUACUCUCUAACCAUGCUGCAGCAUUUUCAUCUCCUCCCACCACUCUUGAAUGCAUUGUUGCUGUCAUGCAUCGUGACAUUAUGUCUGGAUUCUCGCUGUAUGUUCUUCAACGUGGAGCUAAUGCAUGGGCUAAGUGUGAACUCAUUCAAUUUUAUAAUGUAAGGGAAUUAGGUAGUGCUAUAUAUGGGAAUCAAAAUUUCUAUUUUUUUGACAAAAUAAACAAAUUAAUUACCUUCUCUGUCAAGGACAAAACCUGUGUACAGCACACUCUACUUAAGAAUGAGAAUUCAACCACCAUAAAGCAUCUCCCAUAUGUUCGUAGUAAGAGUCAUUUUGUGAGAAGAAACAUGAAGAAGAAAUUGGGGCUGGGUGAAGAUGUUUCAAUUUCUAUCUGUGGAACAGUGGUACAGAAUGAUAGCACUGACAUUAUUAUAUGUAAUGAGGAAGUUGAGUCUGCUGAAGAAUUUGAAAGCUGUUACCUCAAAGGGGUAUGGAUCCAACCAAGAUUUUUUCACCUCUCUCCAAAUCAGAGCUGGUCAUUUUGAGGGCUGAUUUCUUCCUGCUAUUUUUUUUAGCAAAAUUUUACUCGUACUUUCUCUUGUAUUAUAGAAACACUGAGAUUUCACCUCUCUCAAGAUCAGAGUUGGUCACUUUGAGGGCUUGAUUUUUUAUAGCUCUUAUUUUUUAGCAAAGUUUUACUCGUUAUACUUUCUAUUGUAUUAUUUGGAACACUGAGAUCAGUGACUUUGUUCUCACGCAAAGAGUUGACUUCGAAUUGGUUUCUUUGGGAAAAAAGAGCACUAAAUUGUUGUCUACUAAUCAAUAUAGUGUAGUGUAGUAUAGCGUAAGCAUUA